AUGGCAGUCAUUUGGACAAGAAGACCGUGGUGAAGCGAUUUGCACCAUUCUGCCCUCCAACCCCGAAUGUCGUAUUGGUUGACUCCUAUCGGACGUGACACCAGGAUCAAAUAAUCCGAAAUGGCGUUGACGGUCAAGCAACUCAAUGGCGACAGCUCGUUCCUGUUGAGCUUCGAGCCCAUCGGCCAAGGCCCAGCACAGCAACCCUUUCGAAUUCUCUUGGACCCUUGGCUCCCCGGCCCAACAUCCGCCCCAGACCAAGAUCGGGAACAAGAUACCUACUCAAAGAAGUACCACGAAUUCGAGAAGGACUGUAUCUCGUCGGUUCGAGAGCUGCCGGAGCUAGACCUCGUCAUCAUCAGCAGAGACAAGAGCGAUCACUGUAACAAGGACACGCUCAAGGAACUGUCCCGGACCAACUCGAACUCCGUGAUUCUGGCCGAACCAGCUGCGGCUAAGCUGAUCCGCAGCUGGAAGUUCUUUGAAAAGGACAGGGUCCUGACGCUGGAGAGGUGGGAGGAUCCUCGUGUCACUGGAAGGGAGACGACAACUCGCGUCUCCGUCCCGCCUCAACACCUAGGAGGCGAUCCCGGAGAGGUCACCAUCUCCUUCAUCGCUCAGAAGAAGGACCGCUGGCGAGCCCGUGCUGCCGUGGGCAUCACCUACCGCCCGCCCCUUUGUCGCCCCUUGUCCUUUUAUCGCCCUCUCCUCACCUCGCCGGUGACUCCCAGACCACCAGUCUUCAGGGUCGGUCCAAGGCUCCCCUCGCCGCCUCCCCUGUCCCCAAUGAUACUGCACUUCAGACACAAUUCAGAAGCGGCCAUUCUCCCAUUCCCGCCUCCUAAUGUGCUUCACAAAAAGCGGCUAUCCUACGACCCGUCAAUGGCUGACUCGGUGUCUCAAUCUCUGUUCCUGCCGCCACCGCCGCCGGCGCCGCCGACUCCAUCCCCUCCCGAGUCCCCACGCCUCUACCGGAAUCGGUCCAACCGCUCCAUCGCCUCCGUGGCGCCGCACGCCCGCGACCGCUCCAUCUCCAUCAUCUUCUCUCCACACGGCAUCGCCUACCAGAGCCUCGAACCAUACGCCACCACCCACCUGGUCACCGAGGCCGCGUUGCCCCUGACGGCGCUGCUCCACUGCUUCGACGCCGUCGCCGGGCCCUGGUGGCUCCCCGGCUCUUUGCCCGAUGGCCAGAAGAUCGCCACCGCCCUCGGCGCCAAGGCCUGGGUCAGCGCCCACGACACCGGGCGCGACACCCGUCAGGGGUGGGCCGGCCGGAUGGCGGGCAAAAUGGCUCGCACGCGUCGCUAUCGCCACGAGGUACGGCGGGAGCUCGACCGGUCUGCCUGGGAUAGCGGCAAGAAAGCGCCACACACGGAGAUUAUGGCUCUGGCCAUCGGGGAUGAAGUUGCACUGACGAGUGAGGGCGUUUAUGAGCCAAAUGUGCCGAAGAAGCCCAGAGUGACGUCCAUGAUUUUCUGAGGGAGGGCUGUGAGAGGUUGUGUUUGCAAAGAGAGGAGAAUGGCGAAUAGCUUCUCGUGUCUUGACAUGUUUGCUGGCUUUCAUAUACUAGGUUCCUACGCAGAGGCCACGGGGUUGGAUGGGUAACCUCGAAGACUUUCAUGAUCACCAGUCAUUGGUCUGGUUGGAUAUGCGCUAAUGAUGGUGUUAAAUAACCCCAUCUACAGGCCCGUCCUAAAAGAGAGAAGAAAUACAGCUUUAUUUAUAUGCUUU